UAGAGAUCAGUGCACACUCAUACAAGCUCGUUAUGACGGAGAAGGGGUAGUCAAUGUUGGUGACUUCCUACAAUUUUCCCCUAAGUUAAACGAGAUUAUUGUAGCCUAUUGUACAUGCAGAUUUAUUAAAAAGAAGUGUAUUUGAUACAGCUGCGAGCGUGUUUACCUACAGCUGAAUUAUAGAGUACUCAUAAAACAAACAUGGCGUUGUGUUAUACGAGGCUGCUAUGUCGACGCAACAUCAAUUUUCAUAGUUUUCGGAGUUUAUACACUUGCAGCCCACUUAAUGUUGCUGUUUCUAAACCACUGUGUAUGGGAAGCACGGUUUGUGAAACUCAUGAUGAGAAGAAUGCACGCCUCAAGCGACCUAUGUCACCACAUUUGACUAUAUAUCAAAUUCAGUUAACAUCGUUUUUGUCAAUAACGCAUCGUACAACGGGAUUGAUAUUAUCAAGUUAUGCAAUGUUACUUGGUUUAGGAACUUUGUUUAUUCCUGGAGGUAUUCCUUGCCUUAUUGAAAUGACUCAAAAUUUAGGUUUGUCUACUCCGCUCCUGUUUUUAGGAAAAACUAUGAUAGCUUUUCCUGCUACGUAUCAUACUUUUAAUGGAUUUCGACACUUGGCUUGGGAUAUGGGAAUGUUCCUUACAAUCAAAGAAGUGUAUAGCACUGGUUAUGCAGUACUUGCAUUAUCAGCAGUUUCUGCUAUUCUCUUGGCUGCAUUGUAAGUCUAAAUAAUUACAUUACUAUGUUGUGAUAUAAUUUUGAUUCAAAAUUAAUUGUAUUACCAAGUUGGUAAGUUGCAUCUUAUAUUUUGUGAAUCAUAUUAAACUUAGAAUAAAAUAAUUUGUUAGACAGAA